GUUCCAUCCAACACUUGUCUACCUUUUGAUUUUUUCUGGAAAUCAGGGCUUAUGACAGGGCAGCUAUCAAAAGUAAUGGACGGGAGGCAGUCACCAACUUUGAGCUGAGUACAUAUGAAGGGGAGAUGGUCUUUGAUACCAGGAACAAAGGCAAUAGUCACAACCUUGAUCUGAACCUGGGGAUAUCUCCGCCUGUUAGCGAUGGUCCCAAGGAAAAGGAAAAUGCGGGGCAUCUCCAAAUGAAUAACGGAAAGAGUUUAAGGGCAGAGAACCCUGCAGCUGCAACAUUUAGUGUUCCAUCUUUCCAAGGGUUAGCGGGGACUUCAGAUCAGCCUAUUUUCUGGAAUAGUGCAUAUCCGAGAUUCUUUCCUAGUGAGGAAAGAACAAUGGUGAAACCGGUUGAAUUCGAUCCUCCACAACGUGUCCCUGAUUGGCCGUGGCAAAUGCACGGUCAGGUCAGUACUACACUAAUGCCACUGUUCUCUCAUGCAGCAUCAUCAAGAUUCUCAUUCUCAGCUACCCCUCCUUCAACCGCCACUGCCAUUCUUCCAUCCAAACCUCAAAACACAACAGCAGUCCACAGUCUAUGUUUUGCUGCCUCAAUCAGUGACACCAUCAACACCCCUCAACAUAGUCGGUCGUAAGUUCAAUUGUACCACAACGACAGCGAUUACAAUAAUAAUAUAAAUAUUGAUUCAAUAUACAUUAAGACAUGGUAGUUUCUGACUUGGUCCGUGAACUAAAAAGAGUAUAUACUCUCUGUCUAGCAUUAAGGCAUGUAGGACCACAACUUUCAUAUAUGGUGAUUCUUAUGUGGUGCAUAAAGGCAUAUCAUCAGGAA